AUGAGUAGAACACUACGUUCAACAGUUUCCGUCAUUCGUGUAAAAAAACAACGUUCGCAUUCCAAUCAACGUCAAUUAAAUAAUGGAGCAGCAUCGAGUAUUGUUCGUGUCACACGAGUCAAAUCUCGAUCACAACGUGUCAGUCCUUCAACAAACGACGAAGUGAGCGUGGUUUCAACAAAAUUGCACGAACAUCUGAGAAACUCACCAUUAUCAAUGUCUGCUAAACAAAACAGCACUGACAUAAACCAUCACAAUGUAGACUGUGAUGAUUCACUUUCGGCUACAUGCAAAAUCCAAGACAUAGCACCUGCUACAUCCAACAUAUGUACAAAUUUUUCAUCAAAAAUUACAUCUGUGGAUGAUUACCAUCGACUACCAUCAUCAAAUAGUUCAAAUAUGAACUCGAUUCGAUCGAUCAAACAAUCACAGAAUCGAUCGAAAUCCUUUCGACUAAGUCUUGGUACUGUAGAAGAUUUGUACACUGUCGGAAAGAAGGACAUGAACAAGAAACGCUACUGCAAACUUUGUGCAUCUUGUUCAGCUCUCGUAUUCGUCACUUUAGCUCUUCUUAUAUCUAUACUAGUUGCUGCUAUUGUUACAAUACCGACAACAAUAAUCAUGUUACAGAAACAGGGAGUAACAAUCACAACGACUACAAUUCUUACAACCAGCGUAACGACAACUAUCUUUAGUACAACCACCAGUCCAUUAACUACAGUAUCUACGACUACAAUACCAUCGGUGACUACUACAGCUACGACAAGUACAGUAACAGGCACCAGUACGACGGCAAGUUCAACAAGUGCAGCUUCUACUGUCACGAUAACGUCUAAUAUUUGUACAUCAAUGUUAACUGGCAUUGAAAUUGUGGCAAGUUGUACCUCUUGUAUUACUUUCAAUAGUUAUCUUCCAUUUGCUUAUAACUAUACCGCUAUUGCCAAUGUAACACGAAUGGCGUUUGCCUUCCGAAGACAAACGCAGUACUUCGCACUGGAUGAGGUUUCCAUACAAGACUUCGCAGCUCUGGGAACAGAACUCCUUGUUAAUGGAGGUUUUGAAACAGGAUCUCUCGCUCCAUGGAUAUAUUGCGAUCAAAACAAUGCAAAUUCUACCGGUGGUGUCCAAUCUACAUUUUCAUACAACAGUUUCAAUUAUUCUCCAAAGUCAGGUACAUAUUAUUAUGUCGGCGGAAGCACUGUAGCUGCUGAUUAUAUAAUGCAAGCAUUUCCAACUAUAAUUGGUCAUGAGUAUCAAGUUCAUAUGUGGGCUAUGCAUCCAGGUAGUGGAUCUUUGACAAGUGCUGAUUUUUUCCUUGGUGUGUAA